GGUACAGGAUUGGGCAAGGGGGAGGAUUGUUGUUAGGACAUGGUCUGGCUUCUGCGCUUGAAGGCUGGGACUACGGUUUAAAAUGGAGUUCGCUGCAUUUUUACAGGAAUCGUGACCGUUAUAGAACAUGAUGAUGUUGAUGAUGAUGAUGUGCGUUUCUUAUCUCCUGGGUGUGUUCUUGAACAUUUACUCCGUGUGUGUUUUCUCCGGAGGAGAACGAUGCAAGACAAUCAUCUGAAGAUGGCGAACGAGAGAUGAGAACGAUGAAGCCCACGAGGAAUGCGAUGCUGGUGCUCUGUCCCAUGCUGGUGCUCGGCUUUCUGUAUUAUUCGUCUGGGAGGCUGCACCUCCGUGCCUGGGGCCAAAGAUCACAGGGGGACGUGGACGGCUCAUCCUCCGUGGGACGGCUAAUAGCCGCAGGUAUAGUGUAUGACAAGCAGGGAUUCCUCAUUAAGCCUGAUGGGAAACUGCCACUGGAGCUACAGUAUAAGUAUGGGAAUCUGAGUAAAGGAGAAUGUAAGCCCGGCUAUUCGGAGGCCAAGAUGACUUCAAUUUAUCCAAAGUUUGUGAAACCGGCCUCGAUGUUCCUUGAUAAAAAUUUUAAACGUCUGUCGAAGAUCAGCCUCUACCCUCCGCCCUUCGGGAUUAAAUCACAAGAAAAGAUAAUUGACAUCAUUUUAGGUCAGGCGAACAACUUCGGGCUCGGAGAAGUGGACAGUCUGAGCUGUAAGAGAUGUAUCAUCAUUGGCAAUGGAGGGAUCCUUUUCAACAAGUCCCUGGGCUCCAAAAUUGAUGAGUAUGAUGUGGUCAUAAGGCUGAACGAGGCACCAGUGAGCGGCUAUGAGAGGGAUGUGGGAUCUAAGACCACCAUGCGCAUCACGUAUCCGGAAGGAGCUAUUCAGAAACCCGAGCUCUAUGAGAAGGAUUCUCUAUUCGUCCUCUCUGCCUUCAAACCACCUGACCUCAAAUGGCUCAGGCACAUAGUCUUCAAGGAGAAAAUGCAAGUAUCACGGCGUGGAGCAGAUGGAUUCUGGAAGUCAGUGGCGCGUGGCGUGCCCAGGGAUGCAGCAGACAUUAGGAUACUGAACCCGUAUUUCAUCCAGGAGGCAGCGUUUCAGUUCAUCGGUCUGCCACACAACAACGGCCUCAUGGGUCGAGGGAAUAUCCCAACGCUGGGGACAGUGGCAAUCACAAUGGCGCUGCAUAACUGUGACGAAGUGGCGGUGGCCGGAUUCUGCUACAACAUGAGCAACCCUCAAGCACCCCUGCAUUAUUACGAGAAGCUCAAGAUGUCCGCUAUCAAAGAUUCAUGGACACACAACAUAUCAAAAGAAAAGGAGUUUCUGCGGAAGUUGGUGACGGCCGGCGUAAUUCAGGAUCUGACCAACGGGAUCUGAGACUCUCGCACACCUGCACAAAUAUGGAAAUGCCAUUACUGACUCGCAUCUACCUAGCAUCCGAUUGUGCAGACCACACAGAUUCACUCAGCUGAUAUUUCAACAUGGCCUUUGAAAGACUCCAUUCAUCGCAAAUCUUGAACACAAUAGUACUUCAGACACAAAAAGGCGUGCUUUAAUACUAUAUAAUUCUGCCUGGAACUCCAUUUUCAAAUGUUUUUAAAGGCAGAGUGAGGGACACUCCUUUGGUUUUAUUUAGUUAUUAUUAAUGAUUAUUAUUAAUGAUUAAGCACUGACGGCUGCAGGGAACGCAAAACAGCAUUAACACCACAGCUGCAACACAACAGUGAAACGGACCUUCUGACAAGUUACACAUACUACAAAAAAAACAUUAUUUUACAGGUCCCAUACCCUAUAUUGUACUUAUUGUUUUCUUUUUAAUUUAAUUUUAAGUCCGUCUAAAUAAGUUUGAUUACGAAAACAACCGUAAUUCAUAUCACAUGACGUUUUUUUUUUUUUAUUAAGUGAAAUAAGGCACAGCACAUCCCCUUGGAAAGCUAGGUCAAUAAUAGCAUCUGUGAAUUAAAUAUUAUAAUUCUUAAAAAUUGAGUUAAAUGUUAAUUGUACUGUUAUUGACUUGAUUACUAGACUAGCUGUGCAAUUACCAAAUAGAUUACGAAAGUGGAAUGGGUGGGGCCUGCUAUAUAGUGGUGGAGCUAACCAGCUGUGAAAGGGUGGGGGUAUAUAUAACAUGGGCAGUUUUGUGAGGUCAAAGCAAGAAACUAUGGUGCAAAUGGUAUAAUUUGAAUUAUAUUCAGCUCUUGAAUUUGCGCUGACCUUCAGUUUGCUGUAUAAGCUCGUUUAAGACCGCUUCAGUUUUAGGUUUAAAGAUUUUUUUUUUUUUUUUUUUUUUUACAUUUUCUUUUAAAAUGUGCAUUUCAGUGAUGGAUUAAGAUCAUUUAAUGGUGUAAAUAAAAUUCAACAAAUUGGACUCGCAUGAACCUCACAUUAUCGGUGAGCCUGGGGUUGUUGCUGUAGUGGAGAAAACAGAAGCAGCAGGUCCAGUUCACACUUAGCCUUCCCUGUAGCCGUCCACACUUAAAGACUUACACGUGAACAAGCUGGGAGUGUCUGGGUUCUUGGUUUUUUUUUUUUGCUGUUGUUGUAUUGUUUUUGUUUAUGUAUUUAUCUAUACAUUUUUUUAAGUUACAUUGAUCAGCUCACCUCCUUAUAUCAUGUGCUUUACUUCCACUCAAUUCUGAGCUUUAAUAGUGUUCACCUCAACCUUCGGGCUGCUUUCUCUGCAGUCUUUAGUGUUACAGCAAAGAUGAUCAGGACUGUGUUUCCCCCCAGUGUGUUCUGCUAUAUACACACUAGCAGGACUUAAAGGGGAUUGUAUUAGAGUGCUGAAAUCAUGUUUUUUCUCACUCAGCCUGCGAUUGAGUCUGCUGCAGUAUGACAAAUCAGUAUCAUUAAAAUAGUCAGAAUUUGUUAUACUCUUGCCUGUAUGUGUCUUUCACCCAUCCACUAUGUUCUAUUCAUUGUUUUUAAUAUGAACUAGGGAGGGAUGGAGCAGUGGGUGGGUUUUUGAGCUUUUGUUUAUGGCUGACCGGCACAGAGACCUGAUCCAGAGAUGCUGAGUGAUGCAGUCAAAGUGUUUAUAUCAUGAUCUGGCGUGGUAUCAGUACAUCAUGACGUGUACAUUUAUAUUUAUGUGCGUUCUUCAGGACAUUAACAUUGCUGAAUGGUUCUCAGUCUCAAGUUGAUGUUUCUUACUUAACUGAAGAGCCAUCAAUCGUAUAAUUUCAACUGCACUACUUCAUAUAUAACAUUAUAACGUUGUUCCAGCUGAUAAAGCAGCAGAAUAUUUCUUCAGGUGGUCCCACAGAAUUAAACCAAUGGGAAUAGAAUGUUUAGAAUGUAGAAAAAUUACUGCUAAAUAGGAGCAGAUAUUGAAAUGCUGUCUUCUCCUUUUUGUUACAUGUUCAAGUGUUGCCUUAGGAUAAUUUCACACACACACACACACACACCCCUCCCUGUUUAUUUUUCUUCACCCGCCCAUGUUACAGUGACCGUGUGACUCAGAAAUGUCCAGAGGUGUGAAGUAAAGGACAUUGCAUUUUUACCCUUUAUGUUGUCCCAUUAGUACCAUUUGCACACAAAUUAGUGAAACAGUAUACAAUAAAAAAUAUCCUUCAGGUCGGUUGCUACCUUUCACUUUUGAGGCGCCUAUUUGCAAUAAACAGUGCAAUUAA